CUUUUAUUUUGGAAACACACCGCAUCGGGAAUGUGUGGACAGCUACUUCCGCUAAGAUUGUCAGUGUCUAAAACUGAUGUGCUGAGGCAGUCUGUUCAAGCUUUUAGGAUCCGCAGAGUCAACUUUAUCAUCCCUCAAAAUAAACCCCCACACAUUAUCAGCACUCAUGGAUUCACCAGAGACACUGACUGAAGAUCUCAUAUUUAAUUCUGUGAUGACAAACUGCCAUCUGGACUUCCCCACAGCAACCCCGCAGCCAGUCAUAUGUGAGGUCUGUGGUACGUACUUCGAGACACGACGAGGGCUCUCCAGCCACGCACGCCUCCAUCUACGUCAGCUCGGUGUGACGUCGUCAGAAAGCAGCGGUGCUCCCAUUGAACUCCUCUACCAGCUCGUCCAGGAGAGAGGUGACUCUCUCCCUGAUUUCAAAGCAGACUCCUCUGCACCUGGGACGGCCACUCUCAAAAAACCAUCGAAGCAGGAGUCCAGGACACCUUCAGCACCAGAGGACAGGAGUGACUUCUUAAAAGCAGGGAGUAGAGUCAUGACAACUCCGCAAAAGCUGCAUCAACAGGAAUCUCCAGCCAGACUGAAAGAGUCACCAAUUGUUCUUCUCCACUCGCCCCCCUCUGGUCUUAGGCUGGGUGAGUCUAGAACAAGUGAAGGCAGCAGCUCAUCAUCAAAGCACAAAACCACAGCCAAGCCAAAGUGGGCGCCGCUGGCGACUGACGCCCCCAUCACCUUAGCUUCAGACACUAACAAUGAGGUCCAUGUGUGCCAACUUUGUGGCUGCUGGUACGGCACACGCAAAGGCCUGUCCGGUCAUGCUCGGGACCAUCUGCGCCAGAUUGGAAUCCCUGACAGCGACAUUAAGGGCAGCCCGAUUGAUUUGCUUUACAAGAUCAUGGAGGAGGAGGACCUCAAGCCCAUCGGCAGCGCGAAACGGGAGCAGCUCACCUCAAACGAUCCCCCUAGAUCCUCCUCUAAACGACCCUGCAAUCAAUCCUCUCCACCUGUGUCUCCACCCAGCAAGCAGCCUAAAUCGUCAGAGGACUUUACCUGUAUUCUGUGCGGGGAGGAGUUUGAGAAUCGUAAAGGCCUGGCCAUCCAUGCACGUGCUCACCUGCGUCAGAUCGGAGUGGUUGACCUGCAGGGGAAAAUCUCUGCAAUUGACACCGUCCAGGAACUGGUCAGCAGUGGCAUGCUAGAAGCCACACACUCUCCCAAAACAUCUGCAGCACUAUCUCCAGCCCCGUUUGCCUCCACAUCGCUCUCCUCAAGCCCUGCAAAAUACAUCCGGUCUCCUGUUAACAGGGCUCCAAAGGCUAAGAAAGGCUUUCGGCUAGCAGUGGACCCCCUUCAUAGGAAGCCCAAGCCUGAGCCUUUGGAGAUUGAGGUGUCUGUUCAGCCGAAGGGAUCCAGCACUAACAGCAACUCUCCCACACAGAAGUCCGCUGCUGCUUCAAAGCCUGUCAAUGCAGUGUCCUUCACAGAUGUACAAUCCCCGCCAACAGUUCUUUGUGAUUUCUGUGGCCAGCUGUUUGAGACUCGCAAAGCUCUGUCAUGCCACGCCCGUGCCCAUCUGCGCCAGCUCGGCCUCAGCUGGUCGAUCAAAACGUCGCCGAUUGAUCUCCUCAAAGAGGUCAUGGUUCAUGGUGAAGAAGGCAAGAAAGGGUCAUCAGGCAAAGCCACGUGGACCCCUCAAGGCUCUAGAAGGUCCCUGGACAGCCUCCGGUCAGGGGAACCAGCCACCAACCCUUCCACCUCACCUCUUGAUUAUUCCAUGAAAGAGAAAUCCCCCCCUGGCAAGAGUGGAGCCGCCCACCCCGACACGUCCUGUGAGCUUUGUGGGUUUGAGUUUGAAAACCGCAAGGCGCUGGCCAGUCACGCGCGGGCCCACCUCCGACAGCUGGGAAUUAUUGAAUGGAAGGCAGAUGGAGCUAGUUCGCCAAUUGAACUCCUCAGUGAUUUGAUGCGGAGGGACCCAGCCAAGGUAGCAGCAAUAACCAGACGCUAUCGUAUGGGAGACCUUUACAUCAAGAAGUCCCAGAGAGGUGCUGCGUCGCCCUCUCGGUCCACAGACUCUGACUCUGUCCCCGGCAGCAGCCUGAAGCCUUCAGUGGGCAGAGAGAACUUAGGUGUAACUGCCAGCUCAUCCAGACACUCUCACAGCCACGUACGGACUAUUGCAGCCCACGGCCCCCCCAGUGUGCGCUUCCCAAGGGGGGUCCAUCCACCAAAACAUGUUGUGCCUUCAGGGGAAGAAAAUCAGGGCACCAAUCUCCAGCAGCCAUCACGGUCUGGCAGCAUCCCUGCUAUGCUGCCAAAGCCUCCGCUAACACCGCUGGUCAAACUGGUGGGCAAAGUCUACUCCCUUCAGUGCAGGUUCUGUGAAGAAGUUUUUCAUGGACCUCAGUCUGUUCAAGAGCGGUGGAUCAUACACCUGCAGAAACACAUCCUGUCGCUGGGCUACAAAGGCAAAGCAUCUCCUCCUGCUGCACCAGUGGCAGCUCCAGCACUUGUCCAUCCAGUAGCUGUCUAGUCCACAAAGUAUUUCUGUAAUGCACACUAAACAUCAUUUUAUUUCAAACUUCAUCAUUU